AUGAUUGAGAAAAGUGUAAGCCAUGAGUGUGUUUUCUCAAAGUGUCUGCCACAUGGGUAUAGUGUCCAUCGUGGAAGGGCAUUGAUAGUAACGACACAUGAGGGGCAAGUUCCCCUUUUGCCCUGCCCACCAGGUCAGUCAGCCUCUUCCAAGAACAUGCAGAGCCGACUUCAGCCGCUUGUGCCAACAUUGGAGAACUGUCGGCCCCCUUGCCAGGCUGUCAGACUGUGGAUUAGCGCUAGUCUGGGAGAUGCACUCAUGCAAUGCAUGCAAAGGGGGGGGGGAUGGAAUGUGAUUUAUGCUUCUCCAGGUCCAUGUGGAGCUUGCCCCUCGCAGCUUCCACGGUGCCCGUUAGACCCUCUCCUGCAGGAAAGAUCGACGACCAUCUUUGGAUGUCGAUCACUAUUUGUCGACCACUAUUUGUCAUCUGAUGUCGAGGAUGCUGGUGUGAGGGCUCAUUUGCAAUCGGGUGAAGUCGAGAAAACGGUGAGCUAUGCCGCGCAGCCCUUGUGCUUCAAUUACUUGAUUACUUCGGUCCAUGUUCGUUUUGUUGGAUUAGGCAAUGAGGUCACGCAGAACAUAGUCGCGAUGAACGGUGAAACUUCUACUGGGUUGCAUCCUGGUAGAAAAAAGCGUAGAAGGGAUCGCCAUGGGGAACCUAGCCGUGGAAAGCCAGUGUCCAAGAAAUGGAAACCUGUGUGGUUGUGGCUGCAAUCAUUGAAGCGAACAGAGGUUGUGGAGCCUGCGGAGGUUAUUGCUUGGUUAGAUAGUAAUCCAGAAUAUGCUGCAGAGAUCCGGCAACAUCAUACCAAUGGGGUUUUUGUUGCAUAUGCCCAAAAGUGUCAUCAGAGACUGAUUUAUGGCCAGUAUCACAAUAAAAUAGAAACUAAGAAGAAUCGGGUUUCUCGGCCUAUGCGACCCCCUCGACUUGAUGACACAGAUCAUUCAAAUGGACAAGUCGGCCCCAAGGAAAGCUCCCAGAAAGGACAACAAGAUGUUUUUCAGCUCCCAUGGAACCAACAAUUAGCUCACAAUGUUCUAGGAAAUACCAAGUUUGAACAUGGAGAAGAUGAAGGGAGUGUUCUUGAUCCACAAACUUGGAGGGAGCAUUGGCGAAACCUUCUGGACAUCAAGAAGAUGGGCUCUGAGAUUGAGACCAACGCAGAAGAGAAUCAUGAACAACGGCAUACUUCUAGUCCCUAUUCUACGAGGAUUAAACGGCAACGUGAAUUCUAUACUCCAGAUGAUCCAGGCAAGCGGGUGCAAACACAAAAAGAGAUAGAGCCAAAUCUGGAGCCGUUGGAUAAAAUGGAUACUCUCACCAAAUUUGAAUUGAUAUUGACUCUAGAGAUGCGGUUGAAAGAGAUAGUUUGCAAUUCCAAGAGUCAGCCUGUCGAAGCCAAUGGUUUCAGCAAGGCAGAUAAGCAAAAGCUUGAUGAUGGAGCCAGACCUGGUAGGAAGAGUCGAUCAUCGUCAGACACAGCAGCGAAAGCCUGGGUUUUUUCGGAGGCGUGUACAGGACAGGAAACUGCCACACCAAACAUUAUAGAAUCUUUGAUUGAACGUGAGCAAGGUGCGAAUUCUGGAGCUGUUGCAUACAGACCUAAUGAAAUUGGAAACCGUGGCAUGAGGUGGAAGGCUGCAGUCAACGGUUGGGACUCUCUUGAAAAACAGAGAUUGGGACCAACAAACUGGCUGCAGAAGCGAGCGUAUUCAUCUUGGAGGACCACCUGGUGUGCUUACACCUCAAGCAGUGCUGUGGCUCAUCCUUUGGGUGGUACUCGAAUGGAUCAAGGCGUUCAGAAAGUUCUUGACGUGAGAUUUCACCCUGGUGGAGACCCUCUGUUGGUUGUCAGCUGCAACGAGCCGCCCAAUGAGUUAUUGCUAUACGAUCUUGAGAACGGGCGUGGAAAACCAUUGACUGGUCUCAAUACACAGAUCCAGGCAGUUGAGUUUGCAUCGAAUGGAGCUUGUAUUGUUGCAUGUGCUAGCAACAUAGUGAAGGUGUGGGAUACAGUAUCAUGCGUAUGCUCACAUACAUUAGGUCCUGGAUUAGAGGAUGACACUUCUGGCCACAAAAAAAAAAUCAAUGCCAUGAGUGUUAAUCAAUUUCGACCGUAUCUUAUCGCAACUAGCGGCGGGGACGGCGACAAUCAAAUUUUACUCUGGAACGUACGAAGUGGAGAAUUGGCAACUGAUCUCAAUGCUAGUUACAGGCAGCACGAGGCGAACCUCCUAUCUAUGGACGCGUUGAAGUUUUCCAGUGACAGAUUUCUGAUUUGUGGAAGUGACUCUCCAGGUGGUGAACCGGCAAUUAUGCAAAUUUGGGACAUUGAUGCUGCAGUCAAUGUUUCCACUUACCCUGCUCAUGAUACAUAUAUCACUUGUUUGGAUGUUAAUCUUUCUGGAUCUACCAUUCUCACAGGUUCGGGAGAUGGAAGCGUUGGUUUAUUUGACGUCAGGACUAGUGGUGCAAUUGCUCGAUUGCCUCUAACUUCAAAUUGGGAGGUUACAUCAGUUUCAUUUAGUCCUUGUGAGACCUAUUUUCAAGCUUCCUGCACUGGAAAUUGCACCUUUGUUUGGGACACCAGGAUGAUGCCCUUGGAAACCGGGGUAAAGUGUGUGGAACGUCCUCCGCCAGUGAUUAAGGACAGGGCCUUUAAAGCUCUUCACCGUCUUAGCCAUGGCAAUCCCAUGCCGACUUCAGAAAAUUCCUUCCAAGUACCUGGGGUGGUUGACGUUGGAGAUCAGGGUGUGAACGAUGCCAAAUGGUUCCAAGAUGAAGCGAUUCUUGUCACAGCUAGUGGUUCCGGAAGUGUGGCGAUGUGGGACCCAGCUUUAGGACAACCAUGUGUACAACAUUUCAAGAGUCAUACGCGUUGCGUAAAUACGGUCGCUGUAUCACUCAAGGAUCAAUUUAUCUGUACAGGAGGCGAUGAUCAGAAAGUGGUUUUGUAUCAGAAUGUUCGAGAGCAGGCGUUAUCUCCUCGCUGGAGACUAACUUACCCUUUGAACGAAGACUCUCUUUAAGGAAGUAACAGUCAUAAUUGAAGAUUUGGAGACGAAUAGGUUUCCAUUUCAGGUCAGAUAAAAAAAUGUAUUAGGCAAUUUUCACUACUGCUCUCCAACUCGUUCAGGUUCUUUCUUAAGCGAAAGCUGAAAGUUGCAGUACUUUUUAUCAUCUUUUAAUGUAUUUAUGUUAGGUUUUAUUUUCUUUAUCUCAGAUUUCGAAUGCAUAAAAUUGUAUCAAAUAUUUUUGUUUUAGAUUGAAUUUCUGUGCAUUUAUGA